GGAAAUACUUCACUGAGUCCGACCUCACAGCUCUGCUCUCAGCCUUUUUCGACAAGGAGUGCUAAUAAAUCUUGGCUGUAACUUUGUCCUUCAUUUAAGUAACGUAUUUGAGCGACUUCCAAAAACGGACUCGAGUGUGUUUUUUCGCCUUUUUCUGCGCCCUCCUUCCAUGUUUCUAGAAGGUUGUUAGCAUAUUAGCAUUAGCUCCCAACCUGCAGCACAAUGUCAACAGCCCCGGAGGUCCCGGCAGGAGGAGCCGCUGUCCCCGAAAACAAACCGGGCCAGAUGUUUAAGAGCUGCUGGAGCUGCAGGGUUAUCUCCGGCGGAGGUCUGGUCCUGUCCGGGGCUUAUGUGUUCAACGCUGCCCGGAAAAUGAUGCGACAUGGCGGACCCACUUCCAUGGGCACAGUGGCGCAGAUUACAUUUGCUGCAGGAUUGGCUGCCUGGGGGCUCGUUAUCCUCGCUGACCCGGUAGGAAAAGCUCAGAGGAAGACGUGAAGAAAACUCAGAGCUGCACAGAUAAAUAUGAAAUAGCUCAAACGUGGACUGCAAAGUGUAUUUAAUAUGACCUGCUGGAGCCAAAGACACUGAUCCCGAGAGCCAGUGAAGAUCUGUUAUGGACUGAUCUGUGUGUGUAUCUGGACCAGGUAUCAGAAAGUCCUGGAAGAUGUUGAAAUCUUGUAUAAAAUGACUAUAAAUGCUA